AUGACAUGUGGUUUGGGGCUGUCCGAGUUUUUUGGAGUGGUUGGAACUUGCGCAUGCACCACUCUUGCCCCAUCUGUAAUCUACGCAUUGUACUUUGUUUGCAACAAACAUUCUGGAGGAUGCCCGCCUCCUGUCACCGUCCUUCCUAUCUACGCUCAUAACGCGCUGACUGACCCAUCGUGGUGGAGGGGCCUAUGGGAUACUCAAGCAUUCCUUGUUUACUUGGCGUGGCUCGCUUAUAACAUUCUUGCAUGGUGGAUACUCCCUGGCGACUGGGUAGAGGGAACACAAAUCAGGGAUGGAACGAAGAAGCGUUAUAAGAUUAACGGUGAGCUUCACUCUCCUGUUAUCCGGACUUCUGUCUCAUUGAAGCUGUGAUUGUUCAAGCCUUUUUCUCACCCUUGGAAUUGUUACGGGAACCAUAGUUCGUGGAGGUCCUGAGUCC